AUGAGUAAGAGCAAAUGUUCCGUGGGACCAAUGUCUUCCGUGGUGGCCCCAGCUAAAGAGCCCAAUGCUGUGGGCCCCAGAGAGGUGGAGCUCAUCCUGGUCAAGGAGCAGAACGGAGUGCAGUUGACCAACUCCACCCUCAUCAACCCACCACAGACACCAGUGGAGGCUCAAGAGAGAGAGACCUGGAGCAAGAAAAUCGAUUUCCUGCUGUCGGUCAUUGGCUUUGCUGUGGACCUGGCCAAUGUCUGGAGAUUUCCCUACCUGUGCUACAAAAAUGGUGGAGGUGCCUUCCUGGUGCCCUACCUGCUCUUCAUGGUUAUUGCUGGGAUGCCCCUCUUCUACAUGGAGCUGGCUCUCGGGCAGUUCAACAGAGAAGGAGCUGCUGGUGUCUGGAAGAUCUGCCCUGUCUUGAAAGGUGUGGGCUUCACUGUCAUCCUCAUCUCUUUCUACGUGGGCUUCUUCUACAAUGUCAUCAUUGCAUGGGCACUGCACUACUUCUUCUCUUCCUUCACCAUGGACCUCCCAUGGACCCACUGUAACAACACCUGGAACAGCCCCAACUGCUCUGAUGCCCAUCCCAGCAACUCUAGUGAUGGCCUGGGCCUCAAUGACACCUUUGGGACCACGCCAGCUGCUGAGUACUUUGAGCGUGGUGUGCUGCACCUCCACCAGAGCCGUGGCAUUGAUGACCUGGGCCCUCCACGGUGGCAGCUCACAGCCUGCCUAGUGCUGGUCAUUGUUCUGCUCUACUUCAGUCUGUGGAAGGGAGUAAAGACCUCAGGGAAGGUGGUGUGGAUUACAGCUACCAUGCCCUAUGUGGUCCUCACAGCCCUGCUCCUUCGUGGAGUCACCCUUCCUGGGGCCAUGGAUGGCAUUAGAGCAUACCUCAGUGUGGACUUCUACCGUCUCUGUGAGGCAUCUGUGUGGAUCGAUGCUGCCACCCAAGUGUGCUUCUCCCUUGGCGUUGGGUUUGGGGUACUGAUUGCCUUCUCCAGUUACAAUAAGUUCACCAAUAACUGCUAUAGAGAUGCAAUCAUCACCACCUCCAUUAACUCCCUGACAAGCUUCUCCUCUGGCUUCGUCGUCUUCUCCUUCCUGGGAUACAUGGCACAGAAGCACAAUGUGCCCAUCAGGGAUGUGGCCACAGAUGGACCUGGGUUGAUCUUCAUCAUCUACCCUGAGGCAAUCGCCACACUCCCACUGUCCUCGGCCUGGGCUGCUGUCUUCUUCCUCAUGCUGCUCACUCUGGGUAUCGACAGUGCUAUGGGGGGCAUGGAGUCUGUGAUCACUGGGCUUGUCGAUGAGUUCCAGCUGCUACAUCGGCAUCGAGAGCUCUUCACUCUUGGCAUUGUCCUGGCUACUUUCCUGCUGUCUCUCUUCUGUGUCACCAACGGUGGCAUCUAUGUCUUCACCCUGCUGGAUCACUUUGCAGCUGGCACAUCUAUCCUCUUUGGUGUGCUCAUUGAAGCCAUUGGGGUAGCCUGGUUUUAUGGCGUCCAGCAAUUCAGUGAUGACAUCAAGCAGAUGACUGGGCAGCGACCCAAUCUGUACUGGAGGCUAUGCUGGAAGCUGGUCAGCCCCUGCUUCCUUCUGUAUGUGGUCGUGGUCAGCAUUGUGACCUUCAGACCGCCACACUAUGGAGCCUACAUCUUCCCAGACUGGGCCAACGCCCUGGGCUGGAUCAUUGCCACAUCCUCCAUGGCUAUGGUGCCCAUUUAUGCCACCUAUAAGUUCUGCAGCCUGCCAGGGUCCUUCCGAGAGAAACUGGCCUAUGCCAUCACACCCGAGAAAGACCGCCAGCUAGUAGACAGAGGAGAGGUGCGUCAAUUCACGCUGCGCCACUGGCUGUUGGUGUAA